AUGAACCAGUCCCGAUGGAUUGAAUGGAGGACUCUGAAUAUGAGCAGUAGUGUUGUGAACAUAUCCGAGCAUCUCUCCUGCCCUCUUGGAUUUGGUCACUACAAUGCAGUUGACAUCUGUAUCCUUGAGACAGUUGUUAUUGUCUUGCUAACAUUUUUAAUUAUUGCGGGUAACCUAACUGUGAUAUUUGUAUUCCACUGUGCUCCACUUCUGCAUCAUUAUACCACCAGCUAUUUUAUUCAGACCAUGGCCUAUGCCGAUCUCUUUGUUGGAGUUAGCUGCUUGGUUCCUACUUUGUCACUGCUCCACUACUCGACAGGUGUCCACGAGUCCUUGACUUGCCAAGUUUUCGGAUAUAUCAUCUCUGUGCUCAAAAGCGUAUCUAUGGCAUGCCUUGCUUGCAUCAGUGUGGAUCGCUAUCUCGCUAUAACAAAGCCUCUCUCCUAUAAUCAGCUGGUCACACCUUGUCGCUUGAGAAUCUGCAUCACUUUGAUCUGGAUAUACUCUUGUCUGAUCUUCUUGCCUUCCUUUUUUGGUUGGGGAAAACCUGGUUACCAUGGAGAUAUUUUUGAAUGGUGUGCUACCUCCUGGCUAACUAAUGCCUAUUUUACUGGCUUUAUCGUGUGCUUACUGUACGCUCCUGCUGCCUUUGUCAUAUGCUUCACGUAUUUCCACAUCUUUAAAAUUUGCCGGCAGCACACCAAAGAGAUCAAUGAUCGGAGAGCUCGAUUUCCUAGCCACGAAGUGGAUGCUGCUGGGGAGACUGGGCACAGCCCCGAUCGCCGCUAUGCCAUGGUUUUGUUUCGGAUAACCAGCGUGUUCUACAUGCUGUGGCUCCCCUAUAUCAUAUACUUUCUGCUGGAGAGCUCUAGGGUGUUGGAAAACCCAGCACUUUCCUUCUUAACGACGUGGCUUGCUAUAAGCAAUAGUUUCUGCAACUGUGUGAUCUAUAGCCUCUCCAACAGCGUUUUCAGGCUGGGACUGCGGAGACUGUCAGAGACAAUAUGUUCAUCUUGUAUGUGUUUAAAAGACAGGGAUGUACGGGAGCCUAAACCAAGAAAACGGGCUAAUUCCUGCUCCAUUUAA